AACACGUUACAAACGCGUUUGAUGAGCGCGGGAAAUAAGUCCGACUAUAGAUAUUUUUAAUCUUCUUCUCUUUGGCCGCUGCUUCUCCGGCGGCCUUGCGUCAUUCUCUUCAGCAGCUUUCCUCUGGUCCAGAUAUUCUCAGGGUAUGUCGGUGUUGGUGAAGUCGAGAAUUCACUUCAGUUGUUCGAUGAAAUUCUUUUGCCACGGAAUGUGAUUUCUUGGAUCGCACUACUAGCUGAGUAUGGUCAAAGCUGCAAGACCGGUUGAGAUGGUGCAUUUGUUUGUUUGUUGAUUCGAAUAGACGAUGUUGGGAAAACACUUAACUGAGAAAAAAAGAAAGAAUUGGCGUGAUUGUGAAUAGAUAAAAAACUAAGUCGCACAUUUUGAAAAAUCUUUUCUCUUUGUCUCUCUUGUUGUCUCGACGCACGAUCCAGCCACUUUCUAUCCCUUUUGUCUUGAACAAAAUCUCUCUACCCGCGAUAACCGGCCUUUUCCUCGGUGUCUCCCUCCCUCCUCGCCAGAAUUCAUUCCGGACGACAAGCCUCUGUCGUGUCCAAGGCAACAGCUACCGGCGGACGUUGCUCACGGCUGCAAGGGAUUCCAACUCCGGAAGGCUCUCAGAAGCUGUAGAUGGACAUUUCUUCCGCUUCUUGUAGCGGGAGCAGCAUACUUGGUGGUGCAUCUAUAAUUAAGUAUUCUCAAAAGCUUGGCGGAUUAAGAUUGCAUUUGCGGACCCUUUGGCCGCUGUCAGGUUCAACUUCUAAGCCUGUCAACACAAGGUGCUCAAUGAAGUCUUACAGACUCUCUGAGCUAAGCAAUGCAGAAUUGAAUGGUCUAAAGGCUCGCCCUCGCAUUGAUUUCUCAUCUAUUUUCAACAUUGUUUCCCCCAUUGUGGAGGAUGUGCGAAAUAGAGGUGAUGCUGCUGUCAUAGACUAUACUGCUCGUUUUGAUGGAGCAGCUUUGGAUAAGAUAGUGGAACGGGUUGCUGAUCUUCCUGAGCCAAAGCUUGAUCCACAAGUAAAAGAAGCAUUUGAUGUGGCAUACGACAAUAUAUAUGCAUUUCAUCUUGCUCAGAAAGCUCCUGAGAAAAGUGUUGAGAACAUGAAAGGUGUAAGAUGCAAGCGGGUGGCAAGGUGUAUUUCUGCUGUUGGCCUGUAUGUUCCAGGAGGAACUGCUGUUUUACCUUCAACUUCGUUAAUGCUAUCUGUGCCUGCACAGAUUGCUGGAUGCAAAACUGUCGUUCUUGCAACACCUCCAAGUCGUGAUGGCAGUGUUUGCAAGGAGGUUGUUUACUGCGCUAGGAAAGCUGGUGUUACACACAUACUGAAAGCAGGGGGAGCUCAAGCAAUUGCAGCUAUGGCUUGGGGGACUCUAUCUUGCCCCAAGGUGGAAAAAAUUUUUGGUCCGGGAAAUCAGUAUGUGACAGCUGCAAAAAUGAUGCUUCAAAAUAGUGAGGCUAUGGUUUCCAUAGACAUGCCUGCUGGCCCAUCAGAAGUAUUGGUUAUUGCUGAUAAACAUGCUAACCCUGUUCACAUUGCUGCUGAUUUGCUCUCUCAGGCUGAGCAUGGGCCAGAUAGCCAAGUUGUCCUUGUUGUUGUUGGUGAUGUUGAUAUGGAUGCUAUUGACAUGGAAAUCAGAAAACAGUGUGACAAUCUACCUCGUGGGGAGUUUGCUUCGAAAGCACUAAGCCACAGUUUUACUGUGCGCACCCAAGACAUGCAGGAGGCUAUGUCUUUUGCAAAUCUUUAUGCACCAGAACAUCUAAUUAUUAACGUCAAGGAUGCAGAAAAGUGGGAGGGAUUAGUUGAGAAUGCAGGUUCAGUAUUUCUGGGUCAAUGGACACCUGAGAGCGUCGGGGAUUAUGCUAGUGGAACAAACCAUGUCCUGCCAACGUAUGGGUAUGCACGGAUGUAUGGUGGGGUUUCACUGGAUUCUUUCCUUAAGUAUAUCACGGUUCAAUCCUUAACAGAGGAAGGGCUGAGGAAGCUUGGGCCAUAUGUCGCCAAAAUGGCUGAAGUUGAAGGGCUUGAGGCUCACAAGAGGGCAGUCACUCUUAGGUUACAAGACAUUGAAGCAGCACUUCCAAGAUGAUCACCUUCUUUUUUGAACUUUCAAGUAUGAGAUAUUGUUUGGGAGCAGAAAAUGUGCGGAUGCUUUCUGCAUUAGAAUCCUCUAAAGAAUUUGAGUAUUUUAUCAUAUUCAACUUGGUGUGUCCAUCUCGCUUGAGGAAAAUUUUGGAGGCUUUACAAUGUGUUGAAGCAUCUAAAGUUUGUUGUGGCACUGGACACCAGUUUACGUGGUUCUGGCUUUGUGCAAGAAAUGAGAAGAUACAAAUUCGUGUUCUCUGUUA